UGUCAUCUGAAGGGAGCGGGAUGAAAGAGGAAAAGUGAAAAGACAAAGCCUUUAUUCAUUUUUUUUUUUUUUUAAUAAAAAAAAAAAUCUACGACACUAUGUCCGUGUUCUUUUAUAUCAGAUGUCUUAAGCUUAUGACAGCAGCCACAUGUCUUUGAUUCAUGACAUUGUCCUUGUGUCUGGUGUCGCAAACAGAAGCGCAAUCCAUCUUUUGUCCUUUUCUUUCUCACCUCUAUAGCUGUUAUUAUGCCCUGUCUUUGUUAUCGUGGAAGAAUACAUCUUUGUCCGAGUUUUCAAUCUCGUCCGAAGUGUUCUCUUUCAGUCCCGAGGUAUAGCAAAUCAACUCAAUGGAAAUUCGAACCAGAAAGAUAAUCCGCACCUGUCUGUUCAGUCCAGGCCGAGGAGGGACUUGCAGGCGUACGCUGGUAUAUGACCACGGCAAAAUGUAUCAUAUACAACGUUUCCGUCUCGAGAGGCGGCGGGGGAUGCCCUCGCCCUCACCACCUAGAUCUCAAAUGACCCAGCCGAGUGAGUCACGACGCUCAACUCUAACCAUUGAAAGCAGAAGACCAUCACCACCGCCGAGGCGUCAAAGCAGCCCGGUCCGAAUACACCUACCUUUCCCGAGAAGAACUUUUUCCGAGUCUGACAACAAUCAAAAGAGCCAGACGCACAGAAGGCGUGAAAGCGGUUCUCGUCCUUUCAUAGUCGACCCUCCCGAGAGACACAGAUCCGAGCGGCGGAGCACUCAGCGGCGCAGCCAAACCACUUCACCACAGCGUAGGUCUCCUGUCUCAGAUCCCAGGAGGCAGGAAGGUCCAUGCAAUCACGCGCUUUCGAUCCCGAGUCAUCAAGACUCUCAAGCGAAUCAUGAGCCUCGCCGUCCAAGAGAACGAUCACCUGUUGUCGAGCGCGUACCUAUCCGGCGACGAAACUCACCACCUCGCCCUCGGGUUGUGGAAAUCCACAAUUAUAGAUCAGAAGACAAGAAAUCUCCCAGAACUAGCAGCCGUGAAAGAAACGGGGAGAAGAGGGUGCAUUUCGCCAGCGACGUUGAAUGCGAAACAACUCAUGAACGGGAUGCGCCGGUUGAAAGGGAUAAUCAUAGUGGUCGACAGGAUAUCCCUGGGCCACAUAGAAGCAAUUCUUUUAGUGACGAUAGAAGUCGAAGCGAUGAGAUCGUCGAGGAAAGAAGGCGUCCACAACAGCCACAAGAGCGACAUACAAGAGAGCCUUCACCGUGGCCUGGGAGGCAAAGGGAGACGCAACGAGACCGCGCCGCCCCUAACAUAAUCCACGUUCGACCAAGGAUAAUCCAGGACGGUAACCGGCAUCUCUCCAGAGUUGGAGAGCGCAUUUGUACGGAAUUCCGCAGAACGCCAACCUAUGAGACCUAUCGGGAUGGAUUUGAGCCGCAAACGAUUCGAAGGCCGUUAAGGGGAUUCGGUCGUGUUCGGACGUAUGAUAUCAGAAACGAAAGGAUACUCAUUUACGACAGAGAGCGUCCGCGUUGGCGCUGAGCAUUCGUUCGCCCAGAAACCGCGUGGAUAUGAAGUCGCAAGGGCAAUUUUUCCUUUGUUGUUUGUUUAUGUAUGCCUGUGUUUGU